AUGACAUCUUCUACUGGAAUAGAACGCUCACCACCGUCUAUCACUCCGCCAGUCCAUCGAGACUUCGAGACUUCAAUAAUAUCGAAGAAACCCGCAAAAAGUCGACUUGACGUUCGGAAAGAAGAAACGAGCCCAACGCCAAGAUAUAUCUUACAUCAGCAAUCUGACGAAGCGCCAACUUGGACACUUUCGCGACUUUUGCUUGACGGACGAGCUGGAGCAGCUGAAGAAGAACCGAACAGACAGACGGACAGGAGACCCGGAGACGGCGAUCGAAACAUGGAACAGGCCCAGGCACAAGCUCAGCCGAUGCCAGGCGACCUUAACUGGCGCCUGAGUGCUCACCCGCUCACUUUGCUCUUCUUUCUCGGAUUCAGAAUAGGUAGCUUGCUCAUGUACUUAUUCGGAGUCCUCUUCAUCAAAAACUUCAUCCUCGUCUUUAUCAUCACCCUCCUCCUGCUCUCUGCCGAUUUCUAUUACCUGAAGAACAUUGCUGGCCGUCGACUAGUGGGGCUACGGUGGUGGAAUGAAGUCAACGUGCAGACCGGUGAAUCGCACUGGGUGUUUGAGAGCUCAGACCCCAAUACCCGUGUCAUCAGCGCUACGGACAAGCGGUUCUUCUGGCUGGGGCUCUACAGCACUCCGGCAUUGUGGAUUGGACUGGCUGUUCUAGCCAUUAUCCGGCUGCGGAGUGUGAUCUGGCUCAGUCUUGUCGCAAUUGCUCUUAUUCUCACCAUUACCAACACUCUGGCAUUCUCAAGAUGUGACAGGUUCAGCCAGGCUUCUUCGUUUGCCUCGAAUGCCCUUUCUGGCGGGAUUGCCGGGAACUUUGCAACAGGGAUGUUUGGAAGAAUUUUUAGAUAA